AUGGCCGACCCUCACGCCGUCGAGACCAAGGCGGUGCCGACAUCGGACGCCCAUCAGCCACCACCAGAGCACGAGGCUACCCUGGAACGACGCGGCGCCAACCACAAUGAUGGCGAUGCCGAUGGCGAUGCCGAUGCCGAUGCCGAUGCCGAUGCCGAUGCCGAUGCCGAUGCCGAUGCCGAUGCCGAUGCCGAUGCCGAUGCCGAUCAGGACAUGUCGUACAAGGACGAUGAGCAACCUCCUCUGCCAUUCUCCAAAGCCCGGUGUAUAGCGCUGGUCGCAACGUUAACCGGUGCCUCGUUCCUCAAUACAUUGUCGCUGCAGAGUGUCGUAAUCAUUUUGCCCACCAUCGGCGACGAACUUUCCAUCCCAGAGAGUAGAUUGCAAUGGAUUGUAUCGUCGUAUUCGCUCGCCUUUGGCUGCUUCCUGCUGCUCUGGGGGAGGAUUGGGGAUAUCUACGGCAAGAGGCUGAUCUUCAUCGGCGGUUCGGUAUGGGUCGCGGCGGUGACGGCGGCCAACGCUUUUGUACCGAACGAGAUCGCGUUUGAUCUCUUCAGGGGUCUUCAUGGCUUGGGGGCAGCGGCCAACGUGCCCACGGCAAUUGGUAUUCUCGGCGUCACGUUCUCCCCAGGACGAACAAAGAACUAUGCGUUCAGCACAUACAGCGCGGGUGCCCCCCUGGGGAGCGUGUGUGGCAACCUCGUUUCUGGUCUCGUCGCCCAGUACGCCAACUGGCGCUGGGUCUUUGGCGUCUCGGCCAUCAUGGCGAUCUCCAUCGCGGCCGCUGGCUUCUUCGUCAUCCCGCCGCCUCCGCCGACUGUGAUGCAGCUCUGCGCGGGACAGAAGGCAUCCCUGGCAUCGGUAGACUGGAUCGGCGGCGCGCUCAUCACCAUUGGCCUCCUUCUGCUGCUCUUCGCCCUCACAGAGGGCAACGUCGUCGGCUGGUCCGCGCCGUACAUCCCCGUCCUCGUCGUCGUGUCCGUCCUCGUCAUUGUCGGCUUCUACUUCUGGCAGCGUCACCUGGAGAGCAAGGGACAGCGGGCCCCCGUGGUCAAGGUGUCCAUGUUCAAGAACCGUCGCUUCACCGUCGUCCUGCUCAUCAUGGGCGUCUUCUUCGCCUCGUUCAACAACUAUGUCAUCUUUGCCACCUACUUCUUCCAGCAGUACCAGGGUCUGUCCCCCUUGCAGACGAUGCUGCGGUUCAUCCCGACGGGCGUGGGCGGUGCCAUCGUCGCGUUCAUUGUGGCCAAGCUGAUGGACAAGGUGCCGACGGUGUUUAUUAUGUUGACAGGCACCAUAUCCAUGUCGAUUGCGUGCCUCAUCUUCGCCGUGCCUAUCCCGCCAAGUACGUCCUACUUUGCCUGGGGCCUGCCGGCCAUGUUGUUGGCGGUCGUAGGUGCCGAUACGACCUGGCCGUCCUUGACGCUGUUCACGUCCAGGGCGUUGCCGCCGGAGGAGCAAGCCAUUGGUGGCGCGUUGAUCAAUGCUGUCGGACAGCUUGGUCGAGCGAUAGGACUGGCCAUUGCCACGGCCGUGCAGACGGCUGUCAUGGCGGACCAGAGAGGGACGAACGUCGAAGAAGUCGGCGGGUUGAAGGAGGGGGAUGGCCCGACGCUCGUCGGCAUCAGGGCCGCAAAUUGGCUGAGCUUCGGACUGGGCAUCGUGUGCCUGGUUCUCGCCCCUUUUGCCUUCAGAAGUUUGGAGAUCGUUGGCAGGGCGGUGCAGAAGCGCAGGCCGGAGGCUGGCGGAGGGGAGGAAGGCAUCAUGAACGAAGAAAUUAUCGAGACGGCUCAAGGCCUUGCCGAGAGCAAGCCGGCGGCUGGCAGGUGA